AUGUUCUUUCUCUUCGUCGCUAUCAUUUUUAAAAACAGUAAUAAUUUUCUCUUUAUCUCUCUCUCUCUCUCUCUCUCUCUUUUUAAAAACUAUCUUUCUCUCUUUCUCUUUCUCUAUCUCUCUUCAUCUAUUCACCCCGAAAAGACGCAAAAAGCCAUUCUCUUUUUCUCUUUUGUUUAUGCAUUACCUGUUCUCUUUCUCUUCUUUUUUUCUUUUUUUUUUUCUCUUUCUCUUUCUCUUUCUUCGUCUCUUUUUUUUCCUCUGAAGACGCUUUAUCUUCUCUCUUUUAUUGUAUCAAUGCCGGGAUAUUUCUCUCAUUCUCCCUAUCUUUUUCUCACCCUCUCUAUCUUUCUCUCGCCCCGGCUAUAUUUCUCUCUAUCUUUCUCUCACUCUCGUCUUCUCUAUCUUACUCUCAACCUCUCUAUCUUUCUCUCACACUCGCCAUCUUUCGCUCACCCUCUCUUUAUCUCACCAUCUCUAUCUUACUCUCGCCCUGGCCAUAUUUCUAAUUUUCUCUCACCCUCUCUAACUUUCUCUCGUCUUCUCUAUCUUACCCUCGCCCUCUUUAUCUUACUCUCCUCCUCUCUUUUUCUCGCCCUCGCUAUCUUUCUCUCACACUUUAUUUCUCAUGUUCUCUCUAUCUUACUCUUGCCCUCGCUAUCUUUCUCUCACCCUCACUAUUUAUCUCUCACCCUGUCUAUCUUUCUUUCACCAUUUCUAUCUUUCUCCAGCCCUCGCUAUCUUUCUUUCGUCUUUUCUAUAUUUAACUCGCACUCUCUGUCUUUCUAUUGUCUUCUUUAUCUUUGUCUUGUCUUCUUUAUCUUUCUUUCGAUCUCUCUAUCUUUCUCUCACCCUCUCUCUAUCUAUCUCUCUCUCUUUCUUUUUUUUUAUACCGCCCUCUUUCAGUUCCUCUUUCAAUCCCUUUACACUUAA